AUGAAAAAUCACAGUUUUGAUCUGCACUCAAAUGUAUGCAAACUAUUUGCAACAAAAGUCAAAACAGUUGCAUCAACUUCUCAAGAAACUUCUGAAGUGGUAUAUGGGCAAACGCCAGAUGAGGGAACUGUUAAUGAGGGUCCCAUCAAGACACUCAAUGAUGGAACUGCUGAAGAAGCUCCCAGCAGCAGGAAACAAAUAGCAGGUUGUCUUCAUCCUAUGAAAAUAGAAGAAAAAUUAAGUUCUCCCGCGGAUUACGAUAAAAAUAUAACUGAAAUUGUUAGUGUUGUCAGGAAUAGAAUUAAAAUCGAAGUAGAUUCGGGACUGGUUGCAAAUAGGCUGGUAGAAGAACCUUUUUUUGAAAAAAAUAAUUUAAUUGCAUUUAUACCUAAUUAUUUGACAAAAAAAAAGAGGUUGGAAAUGCCGUUGUCGGAUACAUCCAGUACUCGUGAACCCAGUGAAUUUGAAACAGAUUCUGGUUCUUACUCCCAUCCACCUUCUGAUGCUGAGUCUUCUACAACUAGGGAAAGCUUCACAGAAGAUGGACUUGUGGCACCUGGAUCAAGUAGGGGUAAAAAACGUAAGAAAAAUAAUUCAGUUUGGAAAAGAUCUAAGUCUAAGUUGGAAAGAAAUUCAGGAAAAUCAUAUUUGAAUUCUCGUGGUAGAAUUGUGUCUAAGAAACAAUGUUUUCAUGGAGUUUGCAGCUCUCCACGAAAGUGUCAUUUGUUGUUAUCUCUUGAAGAAAGAAAAAAUAUUUUCCAAAGUUUCUACAACUUAUCUGAUUGUAAUUUACAGACUGCUUACAUUAAUAUACAAGUAAAAUGUUGUCAAUAA